AUGUCAGGAAGAGGCAAGGGAGGAAAAGGUCUCGGAAAGGGAGGAGCUAAACGACACCGUAAGGUUCUCAGAGACAACAUUCAGGGAAUAACAAAGCCUGCAAUUCGUCGUCUUGCAAGACGUGGUGGCGUGAAGCGCAUCAGCGGGUUAAUCUAUGAAGAAACUCGCGGUGUUCUCAAGAUCUUUCUUGAGAACGUGAUUCGCGAUGCUGUGACCUACACUGAGCAUGCUCGCCGUAAGACUGUUACCGCGAUGGAUGUUGUUUAUGCUCUCAAGAGGCAGGGUAGGACUCUUUACGGAUUCGGUGGUUAG